AUGAACACCCGCAACGGGCGCUCUGAGAUCUUUUCUAGCCGGCCAGAUCAGCACGCAAGCCGCAGUCAUUAUGAAACCGCCUUCACGACAUUACAAAACAAUCAAACUCUAGCAUACAUUUUUAUUGCUUUCAUUUCAGUUCCUAUUUUUCUCGGUUACCUCGGAUUUGUUCCCGUAUCGCUAUUCUACCUCCCCUGGGAUCUCCUCGUCUUUUUAACACCCUCUCGAAUCGUUAUCGCGUUAGACCCUCGCAUAUCUACUUCCGAUCCCAACUCCCUAGCCUCGUCACCUUUGUCCUUCCAAGUCAAAAGUGACGCCAUGAAACGGAUUCUUGGCUUAGACAACAGCAUCAACUUUCCCUUUUUCUCCCAGUCAAGAUCACUCUCCAUCUUCGGAAAUGCACUCUUGGGCAACACCAAGGACGCCGCACCCCCGGGGCUCGGAAAUUGGAACAACUCGUGUUUCCAGAACAGCAUCAUACAGGGACUGGCUUCUUUGAAAUAUCUCACUGAGUUUCUGGGACACAACGUGGACAACCUCUCGGGCAAGGCUUCUAUCUCGACACACAAGGCACUACUAGACCUCAUCGACCGUCUGAAUAGCGCAUCCGAAAGCGGAACCAAACUCUGGAUCUCCGGGCCUCUGAAGUCUAUGAGUAGCUGGCAACAGCAAGACGCGCAAGAGUAUUUCUCCAAGUUGCUUGAUCAGAUUGACCAUGAGGCUGAGCUGUGCUCACGUGGAGAGACUUUCAAUAUGGGAUUGAAAAUUGCAGGACCUGAUGAGAACAUAUUUCGGGACAGUGACUGUGAAGACCCGGCGUCGCCUCAGGAACCCGAGUCCCUCCCAUCGACGGAUAAGCUUUAUCUUGAUAGGGAUUCAUCUUGCAAUCCUCUUGAAGGCCUACUCGCUCAGCGGGUUGGCUGCAUGGAAUGUGGAUGGACUGAAGGGCUCUCAUUGAUACCUUUCAAUUGUCUCACUGUUCCUUUAGGUAGGAGAUCUUCAUACGACGUUCGCGAAUGCUUGGACCAAUAUAUGACGCUUGAGCCUAUUGAAGGCGUGGAAUGCGCAAAGUGCACACUGUUGCAUCGACAGGAGCAGCUCCUUAACUUGAUCAAUGGAUUCGAAGCCGAUGAGAGUCCCUCAGACAGCUCCGACGAACCUCGACCGUUCGAUGCUGUGAAGCUGUCAGCCUACUCGCGAUUAGAGGCUGUGAAGACGGCUUUAGAGUGCAAUGAUUUCAGCGAAACCACAUUGGCAAAUAAAUGUCACAUCAACAAAAAUAGCCGAGUUUCGACCACGAAAUCUCGACAAGCCGUUAUUGCGCGGGCUCCUCGCUGUCUUGCUAUCCAUAUCAACCGAAGUGUCUUCGACGAGAUGACUGGGAUGUUGGAGAAAAACCUCGCGGCAGUUGCGUUUCCUCAAACGAUUGAUUUGAACAAUUGGUGUCUUGGUACUCGAUCUCUCAGCAAAUCAGGCGACAAUACUGAGCGAUGGGAAACAAACCCGUCGCGGUCCAUGCUUCCACAGCCUGGCGAAUCAAUUCAAGUCCCUAGCAGACAUUAUCAAUUACGCGCAAUCAUCACCCAUUACGGCCGACAUGAGAAUGGACACUAUAUCUGCUACCGCAAGUAUCCCACAUCUGAAUUCACAGCUCCUGCACCGGACGAGAUACUGCAAGCUGAGGGUGAUAAAGACAAGCCCGAGCGUUGGUGGCGUCUCAGCGACGAUGACGUGCAGAUGGUUAGCGAGGGUCAUGUGAUGACUCAAGGAGGCGCAUUCAUGCUUUUCUAUGAAGCCGUGGAUGAUUCUGUGUCGCCAUGUUCAACUCCAUGUGCAACUCGAGAACAUGACCUCCACGAGGGGUAUGCAGACUCUACUCAGUUCGGAGCUGUAGAACCAAAGAACAUUUCCACUCCAUCUAGUGUUACCGACUUUGAAUCUGCUACUUCCCGUGAAACCAGUAUCUCGUUGCCGAUGGACGACCUCCUUCCUGUCGAUCCGUCUCUGAAGACUUCGAGUAUGGUUGACACUGAUGCUGAACGGAAUGGCGAACUGGACACAACCUCUACCAGCAUUGCAUGA